UUCCCGCCGUCCAUUGACGGUUGCUUUUGGCAAAUGGCACGUGCAAUUUUUUCACGCAACGCAAAAUAGAACAUUUUCGAUACCUACUUCAGUCAAGCACUGAUGCUUAUUGUCGAAAUUUAUCUAUUCGAUAAUUAGCAUUGUAAACCAAUGUCGCCCUCUCCGAUUCGAUGUCGCGGCCCUUGGAAAAUUCAAAAACGCUCUUCUGAGCCUGACCGUUGGCUUGACGAAAUGGAUUUCUAUCGAAAACACACAGCUAGAGACUCUAGUUGUCUAUUUAGGGCAGUGUCUGAAAAUAUUUUUAACACCCAACAUUAUUAUCAAAAAGUUAGGCUACAAUGUAUCGAGUUUAUGUCCUCCAAUCGGCACCUGUUUGAAGGGUCAUUAAGUUGUUCUUUUGAGAAUUACCUAAAAGAAAUGUCCAAUGCAUCUGCAUGGGGUGGUAUUGUUGAGUUAUCAGCUAUGAGCCAUCUGUAUAGACGAGAUUUUACCAUUCUUGAAGCAAAUAAAGGCCCGCAAACUAAUAUCUGUAAUGGUUAUGGCAAAACCAUAUACCUUUUUUAUUCUCCUGACACUAAGCAUUUUGAUGCUCUUUAUAGAAAAGAAUUUAUAAAUAAUUCUGCAUUCUGCCAAUCGCUAUUGAUGUCUGCAUUAAUAUAUGAGCUCCUGUAUGACCGAGUCUACCACUUAGAAGACCUCUACUAUGCUGUUGAUAAAAUGCUUCAUGAGAAAGUUACAAAUAAUCAUAUUGAAUACAUGAUGCCAGAUAUGGAACACAAAAAACAAAAAGAGAGAGCAAAAAUUUUUAUUGAAGAAACUUCUAAUGCCAAAGAUAACAAUAGUAAUGCGUUAUCUCUCAAAUGCAAACAUCACACUAAUGAUAUUGAGAAAGCUUCGUUAUUAAAAGAGUCACUGAGCAUUUUUGUGUUCAAUAGAAGCCUUAUACAGCUUGAGAAUGUUUGUUUGAACUGUUUAAAUGUCAACAGUGCUAAAGUGCUUCUAGAUAAUGGUAUAACACCAUUUCCAUACAAAGUAGCUAAAGCUUUGGACCCAGAUAUAUAUCGAAACAUUGAGUUUGAUGUGUGGAGUGAACUAAGAAGAGAGUUGCGUUUUGGUGCUAGAUAUUCAGAUGGGACGACAUUGCAAGUAGGUGUUAAAUGCUUGUGUAAAUUGGAAGUAGACCAGGAUGUUCCCUAUCAUUGUCACAUACAAGAAAUGGGGCAAGAUGGAGGUCCAUGUCUUGUAUUUAUUGAAGAGUUAGGAGAAAAGAGAUUGGUUAAUUAUGAACAGUUGGAACCGCUUCCAAUGGAUGAGAUUAAGCCAUGGGCACCCCCAUAUAGAUAUUCUCGUGCAAACUCGCAGCUUCUCAAUCUCAGUCAAAUGCUCCAGCAAAUAGGCUCUGUCAUACGAAAACAAGGUAUAAAAUCAAGUAAGAAAUCGAGGAAUGAUGAUACAAGAUUACCUGAAAAAGAAACAAAGUUAGAUUGGACUGAGGAAAAAGCUGAAAUGACAUUUGAAGCCUAUAAUUAUCCACCUUAUCAACAUUCGGAUAUCUGUAACUUCCAACCGAUGCCAGUUGAAAUUGAAACGGUUCCCCUAAUGGUGGACAUUCGGGCGGCGGGUGCUCCGUCACAGGAGGCCAAUGGUUCUUCGCCAGACAUCCACAAUCAGGUGGGAGGCGCAGGUGAUAUGGGAAACCAGGCGACGCCAACGCCUGUGUCUGUGCGAGCUUCCACGCCUGCAACCACUAACUCACUAACCACUUAUUCUGGUGUGAACCCGGGUUCGGUCCCACCAUUGGGCACUACGAUGCCAGGAAACGUGCCGUACAACUGUGGACAAUAUAUGUGCGGUAUGAAGUCAGUCGUCUGGUGUUCGCCCCAUUCGCCCCCCCAACCGUUGGCGCCGGGAAUGCCGAUGGGGGGCAUGGGGAUUAACGUGCCCCACCCGCCUCCGCCGUUGCCACCCGGAGUGAACCCCCAUGUCUUUAAGAGCGUGCAAGCCAAUGGUUCUGAUCUGCCGAUGAAUGACAUAGCAACACUGCGGUACUUCUUCAACCUGGGCGUGGAGUGCAUGUGGGCAGCUUACGGGCCUCCUUUGCCGCCGCCCCCGCAUCCUCCGCACCCCAUGCAUCCGCCGCCGAGGCACUACUCGCCUUCUACUCUUGCUCAGGACAUGCAACAGUUGGCAGUGCAAGACCGUCCUCUCCACGGUGACCCCAAUCACAACAAGCACAAGCAAGACAAGAACACCAACAUUCAGGGCAAGGGCAAUAAUGCUCAGAGACCCCUCUUGGGACCAAGAUUCAAACGUGGUAACAACCAAGAUAAUAACCAAAGCCACAACCAAAACAAGGGCCACAAUAACCAGGGACACAUGAAUAACAAGGGACCUAACAACCGCCGCAACUCAUACGUGGAAGCCCGAGGGGGUUUCGUCGGCGAAGAAGUUGGUGGUGCCGAGGCCCCUCUGCUCGCUUUCCCCUACGCCCCAUACCCACCGCCGAUUUACCCCGUGCCCUACUACCACAUUGAUGAUCCCGGCAUGAUGGGUAUGAUGGGCGGCAUGGGUGGCAUGGGCUACGUGUACGAGGAGGGCAUGGAGUUCAGCGUCCAGCCCAUGUACGGUGCUCCGCCGCCCUACCCCCAGAUGCAUCCCGCCGCACCCCCACCCGUGCACGAACACAAGUAGACGCCACAGUAUAAACGCAGACAGUAACUCCAUUAUUAACGCCCUACUACGACCGGUAAAGCGAUAUUGCUCUGUGGAAUAUUAUUAGAGAUAUAUUAAUCGUAUUUUGAUGUUUGAUGUCUUAAAUGUCUACAAAUAUUACCUAUAUUGGAUAUUGUGUAGUAAUGUAACAAUUUUAGCAGGCUAAGUUGUUACAGAAGUGACCUCUGUAGAAGAACUCCUGUUUAUUUACAAGGGUGCCCAGAUAUACAAAAUUCUAGCCUAGUCUAUAUAUGUGAGAGGGAAGUACCCUCAAUACUGAAAAUAGCAAAUUUUAUUCAAAAACUGCUAUUUUUGAACAAAACCAAUUGCCAAUUAGUUUCCUUUCCAGGUGAUUUAGUUAUUCCUCCUUGUUGUUGUGAUUACUUUUUAAAAUCUUAAAUAAAUAUAAAGUUUAGCUAAAGCUAAGCCUACAAAGCACCACUAAUGAUGUUUUGACCUUUGUAUAUUUGGGUGAACUUCCUUUCGAUGUGUACUUUUAAGAAUUAGCAUUAACUUUUGGCGUUUAAUUGAGUUACUGUUCUGUCUGUAGCUACGGAAGCGACUGAAUUUGACAAUACAAGACCAUUUUUAUCAAAAUCCAAAAUGUCACAAUUUUGUGAUAUCCUACAAAAUGCUCAAUUACAAGACUAGUCCGAUUGACGGGGCUACUUUGUUCUAAUUAAAACUUUAUAGAUUAACAUUUAAAAGCAUAUCAAUUUUUUUCCAAAUUUGUUAUAAAACGUCCGUUGUUUAUGGUUAUUCAUAUUACGUCUUAGUGGAUUACGCUGUGUAUAAUCUGUCCAAUUCGAUUCCCGGCGAAUUAAUAAAACCUACCAAAGACAGGAAAACCGGUCAAAUAAGCUUUAAGAACAAAAUAUCAUUUCCAUUGAGAUAUGCUUUUAUUUGUUUGCAUUUAACUGCCACGUAAAUAUCGGACCCUUGGCUAUAAAUUUUAUAAUUAUUUUAUAUACAACUCGUUAGAAUUUAACAAAAUUUCAAAUUUUUAUACUCACUUUUGGAUCUGAUUAAAAAAAAAUUGUAAAUUGAUUUCCCGCUUUACAACGAUUUUCCAUCGAAGAUUUGCCGUGAUUGCAUUUUGUAAAUUUUAUUCGGGCACAAAUUUCAUAUAAAUUCUCUUAAAUUUAAUACAUCCGUGCGUCUAACAAUGAGAAUUAAAAUCUGUUCCAGCAUUUAGGCAGGAAGGGAACUUUCCAAACAAAAGAUGUAUGAUUAAUACAUGAUAGGGUUUUUGUAAAACCACCUGGAGAGGACCCUCUUAACAACGGAGUAGUACGUUUACGUAAAUUUAUUAUUUUUUAUAUGGUUCAUAAAAGUAAUAAUUACUAGGGGGAAAAAAACAAAAAUCCGUAUGUAAGAAACAUAUUUUUUUUUUUUCAUUUAAAUUUUUUGUGUUUUGAAAAUUUGCCUCCGGGUGGUGAUAAACAAAUCCAACCUGAAUAGACUCCAUCCAUACAUCGGCAGUCGUAUAGGAUUACGUUUAAGUAAUCGUUAUCGCACAAGUACUUAAUAUGUUAAAAUUGCGUACAAUAUUUAUCUUUGUAUUAUUUUCAUAUAUUUUUAUCCGUUAGUAACACGUAUUAAAUAUUUUUAUAUUAAGAUCCCUGGUGUCAAGUGGUGCUCCGAAAUUCAGGGUUGACAGGGUUUCGAGAUAUUUUUGUAAAAAACUAAAUUAUACAUCCUAGAUAGGUCGUAUCCAUUCCUUUAUACGGUAAGACAAGAGUAGGCUUUAUAAGGUCGAUAUGAAUAUACACUCGACAAAAUGCGAACUGCGUAAGAUUGCGACAGGAGUUGGGUGUUUUAUUGGUUCGUAUAUGUUCCUAAACCGAGUUAUAGAUUAAACGAAGUCUCUAUUUCAGGGCUGUCUAAAAAAAUUACAUUUCUUAAACGCGAGUUUUGUGACAAAUGCUUGUUUUUUUUUCUACCUCAUUUUGAAUUUUUCGUCUUCCACUUUCUUUUUAUUAUAUUGUGUUUCUGUAAAUACUUUACCCAAUGUUUUCACAUUUUAACUUACUCUUCAUGUAAUGCUAUCUCCGAGAAGUGACUAAUCACUACACGUACAGUAUUUUUAGACAGCCCCAAUUCGUCAUACAGCGGUAAAGAUAAUUUUAUUUGAAUCUCCCUUUUGAUCUCAUGAAGCGUGGUUUACGAUUUGGUGCUUGGGUAGAUGAUAAGUGAAACUUUUGGGGUCAAAGUAUUAUAGGAUGCUUCAAAUUUAAUGUAAAGAAGAAAACCCGAAGUUAUAGACUUGGAUGAAAGCUCAAAUUUCAUGAUUAUAAUGACGACUAAACUGUUUUAUGACCCCUGACAAAAAAAAAUAAGUUUCCUAAUGACAUACCUAGUCUUAGCAUUUAUAAACUGCAUUUAUUGCUACAUUUUUAACAUUGUAUCGUUACGCAAAAGCGGAUACGUACAGUCAGUACAGUCGUUGCCAAAAUAUAAGAGAAAAAGCGCCGUGAAUUUAUAAAAAUGUAUUUUUGGAAGGUUUUAAAAUAUUUGGCUGUGAUUUGGAAGUAAACCGAUGGCGAAGGCGUAAGUUUCAGUAUUUAGGCUGCGAUUUUCAAACGACAUACUCUUUUAACAUUAUCGAUCUCUCAAAAUAAACUCACAAAAUUUUUGGUUACGUGUGACAAGACUUUUUUUGGUCUAUUUUAUUAUGAAGAUAAUUUUUGUUUAAAUAAUAUUUUUUUUGUGCAAGGUCAGCAAAACAGAAGACGGUUUAUUUUGAAAUAUCGAUUCAAAUAAAAUGAUUGUUACUCGUUAACAAACUAUAGCUAUGUGUCUAUUUAGAGUUAAUUGUUAAGUAUAAAUUUAACUGUGAAUUAGUAAAUCGUUCGUACAGAGGAUAGUUUUUUUGACAAUAUUUUUAACUGAUUAAACGUAUCUACUAAUUCACAACGUAUGUAAGGUCUUAUUGUAAUCUCAAUGUGUAAGUGUUGUAAUUAGUCUCUAAUAUAGAUGUGAGGUUGUCUGCAAAAACUCCGCCCAAUUAGUUUUCAUUCGGAUUUCAAAGAAUUCACAAUAAUAAAAAAUAUAUUCAGAAUAUUCCGAUAUUUUGUUUUACAGUGCGUUGUUGAAAAGUUACAAAAUAAAAAAAAGUAGUGUGAUAAAUGUCUAAAUGAAUAAAGUCAGUUUCGAUGUUUCAGUAUUAGUGUUAAAAUUACUAGGAGUUAGAGUUUAUGUUAGGUGUUAAUUAAUGUUAAUUUUUGUGUAAGAAUACCGAAAGUAUGAAAGUGAAAUAGUCGUAGAUGUGCCAAUUACUUAGUUGGCGACUGCCAUUAAGAACAAAAUGAUUGUCCAUAUCGAGUUAACAGUGACGCGGUAUUUUAUGGUUACAAAAUUAUGUUGUGAAUAUAGAGUAGUUGUGCUAUCAUAAGUAUACGAUGUGGUUAUACAGAGCUCAAAGCUGCAAGUUAUUCCGCCUCUGGAAUAUCGUAUUUUUUCCAAAUUCCCUUGAAUAAAGUAUACUGAUUUUUUA